CUAGUUUUAGGAAUUGUAAACAGUGAGAGAGCUAGAUUUGUCAAGGAAAAUCAAGUUGGAGCAUUCAAUGGCUUUUCUUCUUCUUUUAAAUCUUUGCAUAAAGCUGAUAAGCUAGCUCAUAGUAGAUCACUCAUGCAUUACUUGUCCUUUGGUUUACCAAUAUCACCUUGGCCAUUAUGAACAUGCUUGGAAGUGAUCCCUUCUUGCCGCAAUCCAUAUCAUCUUUAGCAGAAGAAGUCCUGAUUAAGAAGCUACUGCUCAGCCAUGAUCCCGAUGGUCGUCAUUUUGAUUCUGAACUAUUUCUUUGUGCAGUGGAGAACAUCAUGCUUUGUACUACAGCAGAAGAAGUUCCUGAUGAUGUAAAUUUAGAAAAAAUAGAAGUGGUCGGAUUAGAAGAACCGCUCGGAAAGACCUUUGGUAAGAUUUCACAUGAGAUACUUUGCAAGUUGCCUGAUCAAGAAGAUCUACACACAAGGACAAUGCUAUUAUUUGAUUUGCUUGGAAGUUAUAAGUGGGAUGCAAAAGUGGUAUUAGUACUUGCAUCUUUUGUAGCAAGUUACGGUGAAUUGAGGCUCCUAAUGCAGCUAUGCUCUAGUAACCCCUUGGCAUUAUCAGUCACAAUGCUUAAGCAGUUGCCUGCUGACAUGAGUCCUUUGAAGCCUCGAUUUAAGGCCUUGAGUUUGUUAGUGAAUGCAAUGGUGGAUGUAACGAAGUAUAUCAUCAAGUUUGAAAAGCUACCGCUUUCACAUGUGGAGUUGGAUCAUGAGGCAAAGAAUGCUACAAAGUCUAUCAUCUAUAUAGCUGUCUACUGGAUCAUUAGAGGCAUCUUGAGAUGCGCUUCGCAAAUCACAGACUCAACACUUCUGAAAUCUGAGCAAUAUUCAGAUUCAACAAUAAUUGCAACAUGGGAGGUCUUAAGUUUGGUGUAUCGGCUGCGCAGCAUUUACAGUCGCCUCAGACAGCAGGUGGAAAUCUGUCAUCAGCAAACAGAGACAAAGCUAUAUUGGAAGCUGAUGAAUGUCUUCCAGGAAACUCAUGUGGACAACCAAGAGGUGCUUCGAUUCUUAUUCGCUAUGAGGGAUGACUUGCCACUCAAGGAUUGCUCCUCACAAGCAAAGCUUGGUGUAUCUGAUCUGAAGGGCAAGAUAGUCAUACUCUUGUUUUCAAGGCCAGAGUUCCUUUCGAUAGACGAAACAUUAUUGUUGGUUCAGCAAACACAUAAUCAUCAUCACUACAAAUAUCUAGAGGGAAGUUACAGGAUCGUAUGGAUCCCCAUUCCAGUUUCCAGUCAAUGGACCACUGCUGAUGCGACAAUGUUUGAUUUCUUAUCAAGUAUUUUUCCUUGGUACUCAGUAAGGAAACCCUGGCUUCUUAACUCAGCAGUGGUGGCAUUUAUUAAAGAAGCAUGGAACUACAAAAACGAGCCGGUCGUGGUUGUGUUGGAUUCACAAGGGAAUGUCACAAACAAAAAUGUACUUGACAUGUUACUUAUCUGGGGUGUCAUUGCAUACCCAUUUUCAGCUUCACGAGAAAACGAACUUUGGCAAGAGCAGAACUGGACCUUGCAAUUUAUGGUUGAUGCCAUUGACCCCUGUUUGACCAAGUGGGUAGAAGAAGAUAGAAAUAUUUGCAUCUAUGGAAGCAAUAACAUAGAUUGGAUCCUAGAAUUCACUGGUAAGAUGGAGAUUAUAAAAAGUGCAGGAGUAAAACUUGAGAUGGUGUAUGUUGGCAAGAGGAACUCAAGUCAACAAACGAGGAACAUUUUAACCAGGGUUGAUCAUAAACAAUUAAGCAGUGUAUUGUCUUUUAUAAAAUCUCAAUUGUUCUGGCUUAGGCUGCAAAGUAUAAGAAGAUCAAAACUCCGACUAGGAAAGCCGGAAACUACUGACCAUGUUCUAGAUGAGGUGUCAGCACUGCUAGAUAUGGAUGGCAAUGACACGAACUGGGCAGUAAUAGGGAGAGGAUCUAAUUCCAUGGAUAUGGUAAGACUUAAAGGGCCAGAGCUUAUGGAAUGCCUUGACAUGUUUCCCAAAUGGGGUGGAAGUGUUGCAGAGUUGGGGUUCUUGAGUGCACUUAGAAAUUCCCUUGAACCAUCUUUUCGUUCUGGACCUUGUGGUCAUGACUAUGAUGUCACUCUCUCUAGUGAAGAACCAGCACUCCAAGGAAUGGUAGACGUUUGUGGCAAGUGUAAGCACCCCAUGAAGAAGUUCGUUAUCUAUAAAUGAUGUAAUUGCUCCAAAUACUGCUAUUGCCUUUCUUUCAGAUAUUAAUGAUUUACUAACUAUUAAUGAAAUA